AUGCAGUUCCAGCCGACACAAGACCGAGAGCACGUCGAGGCGCUGCUCGCGUCCCUCGUGCAGCGCCUGGACGUGGCCGACGCCUCCGUCCGCCGCGCGCGCGUGGCCGAGCUGUACGUGGCCGUGGCCGCUCUGAGCCGGCAGCUGUCGGCCGAGCGCUUCGCCAAGGCGCUGGGGCAGCUCACGCCGCAGCUCUACAAGCUGCUGCAGAAGGGCUCGUCCGAGGGCGCGCAGCUGGGCGCGCUGCUGGCCAUCGAGCGGCUCAUCGACGUGUCCAACGAGGACCAGUUCAUCCGCUUCGUCAACUACCUGCGCUACUUCCUGCAGCAGCCGCAGACGAGUCGCAACGCGCUGCUGGCGGCCUCCUCGGCCAUGGGCAAGCUGGCCGCGUCCAGCGUGAGCGGCACGCUGGUGGCCAGCUUCGUGGACUUCGAGGCCAAGCGGGCCUUCGAGUGGCUUCAGGAGGGCCAGCCCGGCACGCUCGCGGCCCGGUACGAGGCGCUCGUGAGUCAGCGGCGACUCGCGGCCUGCUUCGUGCUCCGAGAGCUGGCCCAGGCCGCGCCCACGCUCUUCCACGUGAACCUGACCACGUUCUUCCAGAGCAUUUGGGGCGCGGUGAGGGACCCGCGAGUCGAGAUCAGAGAGGCCGCCACCAGCGCGCUGGCCGCAUGCCUGCAGCUGAUCACCAAGAGACAGACUAGGCAUCGCGUGCAAUGGUACUGCAAGGUGUACGACCAAGUGUUUGAAGGCCUGGCCCUGCGGCCCAGCAGCUCAUCGAAUUCGGGAUCAAGCUCUGGAGCGCCGACGAGCAACGGCCAGGCGUUGGCCUCGUGGGAGUGUGCUCAUGGCUCGCUGCUCGUGAUCGGAGAGCUCAUCGCCAACACGGGCAGGUUCAUGGUGCCGAGAUUCCGAGAGGUGUGCGAUACGGUGCUGAUGUACAAGAACGCCAAAGAGAGGCUCGUGAGCCGCGCGGUGUCGAGGCUGCUGCCGCAGCUGGCCGAAUUUUGCCCCGGAGCUUUCGUGCAGUACUACCUGGACGUCUGUGUGGCCCACUUGACCAAGCGGAUCCUCGAGUACUCGUCGCCACCUUCAGAACGCGGCGUGGCCUUCUUGGCAAUGGGGAGACUGUCAUUGGCCGUGGGUGAGGCCUUGCUGCCGCACCUCCCUCCUAUUCUCAAACUCGUCAAGGAAUCACUGGCACCGCAUACAGGGAGCAAGCGCAAGCGAGCAAGGAACAAGCUGUUCUGCGUCCAGACUCUCACGUGCGUGGCCAAUAUGUCGCGUGCAUUGGGGCCGCGGUUCGAGCCAUUCCUGUUCCAAGACGGAGUAUUAGAGACCAUGAUGAUUGGCGGCUUGAGCGACGAGCUGAUUGAUUCCCUUGCUGAAGUGGUUGCCAGCGUCCCGAGCGCUCUUCCGUAUGUGCAAGAGCGACUACUGAACGAGAUUUCGGGGAUUCUGCGGGGCACGCCGUUCUCACUAGGCAGUGCUGGGACGGCGUAUCCUCCUGGAAGCAGUGGCGGAGCAGGUGGCGCGACGAACGGAGAUGGAAGUGAGCUGGGACUGGAUGCACCAUACUACGAUACUGCAAGCGAAGCUCCUCCCGUUAAGCAGACAGCCGUGCAGGCAAUUUUGUCUUCGAUGAAGCGUGGUUUCUCGAGUGUAGAGGACGACCCAGCGAGCACGAGUGGGUCGUUGAUGAUCAAGGGCGAGACUGGCGACGAGAUUGAUACUAUCCUGCUAUCCUUGCGGACUCUGAGCUGCUUCGACUUCAGUGGCAGUUUCUGUCUCCUGCCGUUCGUCCGCGACUGCGUCGCGCUGUAUCUGAAGAACCCGGACGCCAGGAUCAGGAAGCAGGCGGUGAUCACGUGCAGUAAACUGCUGCUUCCGUCGCCCGACUCACCCGACACAGCACUGAUGUCUUCGUGGAGGCACGUGAAGAAGCGUGGACCAAGUGGCCGAGUCAUCGAUCUUGUACUCACACAGUUGCUUCAAGUUGGUAUCUCGGAUAUGGAUGUGGCAGUGCGAAGGAGUGUUGUGGAGUCAUUGGAUGCGCGAUUUGAUGAGCUGUUGAGCCAGGAAACCCACUUGAAGUUGGUGUUCUUGCUGCUUAAUGACGAGAACGCCAACAUCCGCGAACGCGCGAUGCAGUUGCUGGAACGGUUAGCUCCACGUAACCCGGCUUUUGUGAUGCCAUCGUUACGCCGCGUGCUGAUCCAGUUGGUCACAGAGCUGCAGCACACCUCCGACCUACGAAUGCGCGAGGACAGCACUCGUCUCUUGGGCCACUUGAUUCGUGGUGCUCAGCAUUUGGUGGACCCGUACGUUGUGCGUAUCCUGGAAGUCCUGCUACCGAUUCUUGUGCGUGGAAAUGCCCCGUUGACGAUGGCGGUCUUGGUGACUCUGGGUGAAUUGGCGUUGGUAUCGCGGACACAGAUCGCUGCGUACGAACGGUAUCUUUUCCCGCUUAUUAUCCACACCCUGCAAGAUCAUUCGUCGAUUGAGAAGCGCCAAGUAGCGUUGCAGACGUUAGGCCAGCUUGCUGGCAGCACAGGUUGUGUUGUCCGUCCGUACUUGGCCUCACCCAAGUUGUUGGAGAUCUUUCUGAGCCUCCUGCACCACAGCGUAGGCAGUCCGUGGUCCUUGCGGCGCGAGGCGAUGAGAACAAUCGGUAUUCUUGGAGCGCUGGAUCCGUACAAGUAUAAGCUCUGUAUCUCGCGAGCAUCACUGCGGCAGGCCAACGAAGCUGCAUCCACAGCUGAUACCUCAAUAACUAAGGAGGACGAGGAAAAGAAUGCUGACAGCGCGACGCUAGGUGUAUCAAAGUCGAUGGCUGGUACGCUAGUUUCCCAGUACCCGACGCUGGAUCUGGACCUAAAGGCACUCGGCGUGACGAUCAACCUUGCAAGCUUCGAUCGCAAGGCUACCAGUGACGCCCUGGAUGAGAAGCAGCAGAUUGAGCUGCAGCUAUUCACUGCUGCGCCCAUUGGCACCAGAAAGAUUGAUGCAGCUGCAGCCGCUGGGACGUUAGGAGUUGGAUCACAAUCCUCCCACCCAGCGAGCGGUGCCACUGGAGUCUCUGCUGGAGCCUCUUUGUCAUCGUUGACGUCCUCUUCGCGCAAGAAACGCCAAGUUGGCUCCAUCGGAAUGAGCCUAAGCGACGAAGCGUUCGACUUCGAGAGCUCGCUGAUGGACAGCGAGUUGGAGCUUGAUCCUACGGAGCUGUCCCCAGCUUCGGAGGCGUACUUCCCGACGGUGGCCAUCCACGCUCUGCUGCGCAUUCUUCGUGAGCCGUCGUUGAACGCUCAUCAUCACGGUGUUAUCCAAGCCAUCAUGUUCAUCUUCAAGAGUCUCAGCACGCAGUGUGUGCCGUUCCUCAAGUACAUCUUGCCACCUUUCCUGCGAGUGCUGGCACGCGGCGAGCCACGACUACGCGAGUCGCUGUUCUUGCAGCUCACGACGCUUAUUUCCAUCGUUAACGCACAUAUGAAGCCAUUCUUUCCGCCGAUUAUGGUGCUGGCGCUGCGCUUCUGGGGAUCCCACCUGCCGCAGAUUGUGCGACUAGUGGAGAAUAUCUCGCAAGCCGCGCCGCACGAGUUCCGGACGCAGUACUUCCCAAAACUGCUGCCUAAGCUGCUCGAAGUUCUUCAGCCUCAAUUUGGUUUGGGUGGCGCUGACGGAGAACUGUCUGGACCAAACUCAGGUAGUGCGACGACGCAGAGUUCUGUAGAUGGGGCUGGCGGAAGCGCGGACCUCCACGGACAAGGCAAUGGCAGUGCAUCCAGCGGGACCAGCGACCACACCCUCGUGUCCAGUACGUAUGAUAUCGUUCAGAACGGCAGCACGGAUGGGAGUACCGCUGUAGCGGUAGCAGCGAUCCAGGUGCAAGUGGUUCAGUCGCUGAUUGUAUUCGGCGACGCUGUGGAGGAUUAUGUGUACUUGCUCGUGCCAGCCCUUGUGCACCUGAUGGAGAGCUUGGAUACGCCGCUUGAAGUGAAGAUCACUACGAUCUACGCGUUGGCACGCAUCUGCGUGGUAGCCAACUUCGAGCAGUAUGCGGGGCCGCGAUUGCUGCAGCCUCUUGCUCGUGUAGCUUCCCAGGUAUCAGCCAAGGGAGCGUUCUUCUUCAGCCGAUCAAGUAGCAGUACAGCUAUCAGCGUGGGUGCUGGCGCGAACGUGUCUGGACCACCUGGAAGUGGAGCUGCUGGAGCGGCAGCAGCUCGAAUUGCGACUACGAAGACGGAGGCUACACGUUUUUCUGAAGUGAUGCUGUAUGCGCUAGGCGCUCUGGUCUUUCAACUGCAGGGCGAAAUCCUGAGUUUCGAGCCUUUGCUGCAGCAGAUCAUCGCAUCGCUCCCAUUCUCUCACCGGGGCAAUCUCACCACAGCUGCGAACGUUCCUGAAGGCAGCAGCCCUUCGUCGGCCCCUCAAGCUAUGGUGCAGCGGAUCGCGCAGUCGCUGGAGACUUUGCGUCGCGGCGCACGAGUGCCUCGUUCAUUCCUGGACGACUCGGCAUUCAUGACGCCUACUCUACGGAAAUUCUCAAGCGAGCUGCAGGCACAGACGGCUGCGUCGACGACCCCAGCUCCGUCUCCACCGACAAAUGCACGGCUGCACGUCAACCAGCAGAAUUUGCGGCGAGCGUGGGAGGCCUCCCAGCGCAGCACGAAGGAGGACUGGUUAGAGUGGAUGAGGCGCUUCUCCAUUGAGUUGCUUCGUGAGUCUCCAAGUGCUGCGUUGCGUUCGUGCUGUGCGCUUGCCCAGGCCUACAAUCCACUGGCUCGCGCGCUGUUCAAUCCGGCGUUCGUAUCAUGCUGGAACGAGUUGUACGAGCAGUACCAGGACUAUCUGGUUCGAGCGCUGGAGACCGCCUUCCAGAGCGACACGAUUCCGGCCGAGAUCUUGCAGACAUUGUUGAACCUGGCCGAAUUCAUGGAACACGACGUUGAGGCAUUGCCCAUCGACAUUCGCGAGCUAGGCGAGUUGGCCCAGAAAUGCCACGCGUACGCCAAGGCGCUACACUACAAGGAGCUGGAAUUCCACACCUCGCCUAGCACGUGCAUUGAGGCGCUGAUUUCGAUCAACAACCAGCUUGGCCAGCCGGAGGCUGCAGUGGGAAUUCUGAAGUACGCCCAAGCGCACCACAGUCGCGUCAUCCAAGUGAAGGAGACGUGGUUCGAAAAGCUGCAGGAUUGGAAGGCAGCGCUUGCGUUAUACGACAGGCGGCUUCAGUAUGCGCAGCAGCACGGUGGAGAAAACCAAGGCCUGGAUAUCGAGGUUUGCAUAGGAAAGAUGAGGUGUCUGGAAGCACUUGGCAAGUGGGAAGAGCUGAGUGCGCUGGCCACUCAAGUCUGGAGUGCUCUGCGCUCACCAGAACGCAACGCAAACAGAACCAGCGCACCGCCCUCCCGAGCCCGUCCGUUGUCUGCUGGUCGUGCUGCGUCCAGCAGUUCCAUUACCGGUUCCAGCCGAGGCAAUCCGGGCCUCCUACGUCGUGGUAGCAGCGGCUACGGAUCGUCUUCAUCUUUGGCGUCAGCUGGAGGCCCCCCGUCUUCUUCUGGUUCAGCUUACCAAGCUGGAGACGACCGUGGAGACGAAGCGACUGCGCUCAAGCGCGUGGCGAUGCUAGGCGCGCGCGCUAGCUGGUGCCUAUCCCAAUGGGACAGCAUGACUCAAUAUGUGACCGAGUGUGCGGCACAGAAUGACUCAAGCAACGUCAAUAGCGCCGUCAUUUCUCGGGCUGCUAAUGGACACGGUUACAGAUACGGCCACAGCCAUGGUCAUGGGAUGUUCGGUGCGGAUGAAGAUGUUACCGAGCUCUCGUUGUAUCAGUCAGUGCUGGCGGUACACCAAGGCAACUUCGAGCAAGCGGCGACACUGAUUGAUGCGACGCGGAAGACGCUUGACACGAAGCUCGGCGCUCUUGUUGGCGAGUCGUACAGCCGCGCCUACCGCAGCAUGGUGACUCUGCAGCAGCUGAGCGAGUUGGAGGAGGUCGUGACGUACAAGAAGCUCCGCGCGCAGAUCUCUAAGGGCGAGGAGGCAGCUCGGUACAAGCGUCACCUCAUGCGCAUGUGGCGCGACCGGCUUUCCGGCUGCAAGCGUGUGGUUGAAGUGUGGCAGCAGUUGAUCGUCGUCCGCGCUUUGAUUUUGUCUCCGCAUGAAGACAUCGACACUUAUCUGCAGUUUGCCAGUCUGUGUCGCCAGUCCGGAAAUCUCUCGCUCUCGUUGAAGGUAUUCACGAACGCGCUGCACGUGCACGGCGGAGCUGGAUCCAACGGCACUGAUAUCUCUGAGAUGCUCAGCGUGGCGCCGUCGAGCUCAGGAGCGGCCCCAUCCUUCGGAUUCGGUGAAAAGGAUCACAACCGUGUUGCAUUUGCCUACCUGAAGCACCUGUGGGCUGCUGGACAGAAGCAGGAAGCUCUGUCGGACCUGCACCGCUUGGUCGUCCGUAUUUCGUCAAUGGCGCGCCACCGUUCGCAAGUUCCAGGCGGAAUGGGCGGAAUGGGCGGAAUGGGCGGAAUGCCGUCCCCAGCACCAGCAAUGAUGCCGAUGAGGAGUGAAGAAGAGGAGCUGCUUGUCAAGUGCCACUUGAAGAUGGCGGAGUGGCAACUGGCCGUUCAUGACCAGCAGAUCGAGCACGUGCCUGUGGAGAGCGUCUUGUCUUCGUUGCGGCUGUGUACAGAGCUGGAACCGCGCAGCUACAAAGCGUGGCACGCCUGGGCGCUCAUGAACUUCCAAGUCGUGGAGCAUUCGACACACAGCCAGCACAUCUCAGCCAAUGCAACGGCCUCAGCAGUCGCAGCGUCCGCAUCCGUGGCGCCGUACAUCGCGCCUGCAAUCGAGGGCUUCUUCCGGUCGGUGGCGUUGGGGCGCAGUCGAUGGGCUGCCAAUGUGCAGCAGGAUAUUCUACGCGUUCUGACGCUGUGGUUCGCCCACGGCCACCGCACGGACGUGCACGCAGCCUUGGAGAAGGGCUUCCGCGCUGUAAGCAUCGAGACGUGGCUCAUUGUCAUUCCACAACUGAUCGCGCGUAUUCACACGCCGUACCCGCGCAUCCAGAAGCAACUACAUCGGUUGCUUGUGGCGGUGGGUAAGCAGCACCCCCACGCUCUCAUUUACCCGUUGUCUGUGGCGCUGAAGUCGUCGGUGAGCGAGCGACAACAGGCCGCCGAGGCCAUCAUGAGCACGAUGCGCACCAACUACGUGGAGCUUGUGGAUGAGGCGUUGCUCGUGAGUCGCGAACUCAUCCGCGUCGCUAUUUUGUGGCACGAGAUGUGGCACGAAGGUCUGGAGGAAGCUUCGCGCCUGUACUUUGGUGAGCACAACGUGGAUGGCAUGGCGGAGGUCCUUCGGCCGCUGCACGCUAUGAUGGAGCGUGGCCCGGAGACAUUACGAGAGGUGAGCUUCCACGGCGCGUUCGGCCGGGAUCUACGCGAGGCCAACGAGUGGCUGCAGCGGUUCCUGAGUAACCGGCGCAACGAGUCGGACCUGAAUCGCGCUUGGGAUCUCUACUACCACGUCUUCCGGCGCAUCAACAAGCAGCUACCACAGAUCACGACUCUGGAGCUGCAGGUUGUGUCGCCUAACCUGCUGUCAGCAAGGAAUCUACAGCUCGCCGUGCCAGGCACGUACCGUGCUGGCCACGCUAUCGUGAAGAUCGGCAGCUUCUUGCCGACGGUGGCGGUGAUUACAAGUAAGCAGCGACCGCGCCGCAUUACGAUCGUUGGCUCGAAUGGACUGGAGUACAUGUUCCUGCUCAAGGGCCACGAAGACUUGCGCCAGGACGAGCGCGUGACGCAGCUCUUCGGCCUGGUGAACGCGCUGCUGAUCAACGAUCGUAACACUUCCAAGAAGGACCUGAAGAUCCACCGAUAUCCUGUUAUCCCGUUGUCCGACAACGCCGGUAUUGUGGGCUGGGUGCCACACUGUGACACUCUGCACCAGCUCAUCCGCGACUACCGUGAAGCUCGUAAGAUCUUGCUGAACAUUGAGCACCGCCUGAUGCUGCAGAUGGCCCCGGACUACGACGCACUGACGCUGCUGGAGAAGGUGGAGGUGUUCCAGUACGCGCUAGAGAAUACGGCAGGCCAAGAUUUGUACAAGGUGUUGUGGUUGAAGUCGGAGAACUCGGAGGUGUGGCUGGAUCGGAGAACGAACUACACCAGAUCACUGGCCGUCAUGUCUAUGGUGGGCUACAUUCUCGGCCUGGGCGAUCGUCACCCGAGCAAUCUCAUGCUACACCGGUUCACAGGAACCAUUGUCCACAUCGACUUCGGUGACUGUUUCGAGGUCGCCAUGGAUCGUGAAAAGUAUCCGGAGAAGAUCCCGUUCCGCCUAACGCGUAUGCUGACGAAUGCCAUGGAGGUGAGUGGCAUCGAAGGCAACUUCCGCUUCUCGUGCGAGAGCGUGAUGGCGGUGCUGCGCGAGAACCGGCACAGUCUCAUGGCCAUGCUGGAAGCCUUCGUGCAUGACCCGCUGAUCAACUGGCGCUUGCUUUCAGCGACUAAUGUGCCAGCGUCCAGCCACGCGAGUAGCUCGGUCGCAUCGAGCAUUGCAUCGUCGUCUAUGGUGUCGAGCAUGGACAGCGAUAGCGACUACGAACCCUCUGAAGCUUCGUCUCACGGCCCGUCUGAAACUUCAUCUCACGGCCCCUCGGAAUAUUCAACGCACGGUCCGUCCGAGGCCUCAACUCAUGGUUCUGAUGCCUCCAGCCACGGCCCGUCCGAGGCCUCGACUCACGGGCCAUCAGAAGCCUCGACCCAUGGUCCUGCUGAAGAGGAGUUGCCGCAUCGUCGCAGCGAGAGUAUCUCGAUUCCAGACCCGGUGCCUUCAUCGACCGCCACGCUGCUUGACGAUCGGGACGAACCAUUGCCGCAUGCAGCCGCGGCGUCGUCGCAAGAGCAAGGCAGCAAGGAGAACGUUGAAGAGAAGCAAGAGGCGAACGGAUCGACGGACGCUAAGGAUGCUGAGCAAGAAGACACUGGCGCUACCGAAGCCCGAGCGGAGACUGCUGCUGCAGCUGCGGCCGCAGCACCGCAGCAGCGUCAGCUUCCCCCGCGCGCCAAGCCUCCGGUGCCCCGUCAAGUCAGCGGAAGUCUGGCUACCCCGCGCCAGCUUCCGCCACGUACAGGACCCAAGGAAGCCGAGCCUCCACUCCCGUCGUCUCUGUCGUCGCGGCCCAUGAGUCUCAGCAAAUCCAUUCCUCUCCCCAUGCGGAAACUGCCGCCCCGCGCACCGGCAGCGAACCGAGUUCGCGAAGACACCAUCGACGAGAACGAGGAGGCCAACGUCGUGGAGAAGAUCGACUACACAACCACGAACCUCCACGCCGAGAUCUCGUCGCUGGCGGCCAGCGUGUCCAGCGUCGGCCACUCGAGUUUGAGUCGCAGUUUCUCCGUCACGCAGGCCCAGAUCCAGGCGCAGUCUCGUGCAGCGGAGCAGCAGCAGAUGCGGCAACGGCAGCUCGCUGAGAGCGGCCAAGGUCAGCAGCCAGCUCCGCCCGGUACGCCGCUGGGGCCGCCACCUCGGAUGGCCCCGGCAGCGUCGACUUCGUUCGUGUCGGUGACGGCUGCGGCGCAGAUCCCGCCGGCGUCCGACGCGGUGCCGCCGUCCGUGGCCAACGACCUGCACGCGAACCGCAGCGUCCGCGAGCGGGAGCUGCUGAGCGCGUUGGGACCCGAAGGCAUCGCGGCGCCAAGAGUGGCGCUGAACGAGAAGGCUGUGGCCGUGAUUCGCCGCGUGCAGGCCAAGCUGUCCGGACGCGACUUUGAAGGCGAGGGUGGUGAGCCGCUGGACGUGAGCGCACAAGUACAGCGCCUCAUCUCACAAGCCACUUCGCACGAGAACCUGUGCCAGUGCUACAUCGGCUGGUGCCCAUUCUGGUAG